AUGUACACACGCACACACACGUGUACACACGCACACACACGUGUACACACACACACAGUGUACACACACACACGUGUACACACACACACACAGUGUACACACACACACACAGUGUACACACUGAUGUACACACUGUACACACAUGUGUACACACACACACACGUGUACACACACACGUGUACACACACACAGUGUACACACACACACACACGUGUACACACACACACACACACGUGUACACACACACGUGUACACACACACACGUGUACACACACACACGUGUACACGCACACACACACAGUGUACACACACACAGUGUACACACACAAAGUGUACACACACACACACAGUGUACACACACACACAGUGUACACACACACACACACACAGUGUACACACACACACACACGUGUACACACACACACGUGUACACACACACAGUGUACACACACAAAGUGUACACACACACACAAAGUGUACACACACACACACAGUGUACACACACACACACAGUGUACACACACACACAGUGUACACACACACACGUGUACACACACACACGUGUACACACACACAGUGUACACACACAGUGUACACACACACACACAGUGUACACACACACACACAGUGUACACACACACACACAGUGUACACAUACACACAGUGUACACACACACACACAGUGUACACACACACACACAGUGUACACACACACACAGUGUACACACACACACAGUGUACACACACAGUGUACACACACAGUGUACACACACACACAGUGUACACACACACACGUGUACACACACACACAUGUACACACACACACAGUGUACACACACACACACAGUGUACACACACACAGUGUACACACACACACAGUGUACACACACACAGUGUACACACACACACACAGUGUACACACACACACAGUGACACACGUGUACACACACACAGUGUACACACACACACACAUCGUACACACUAACACACAUUGUACACACACAGUGUACACACACACACGUGUACACACACACGUGUACACACACACAAUGUACACACAGUGUACACACACACGUGUACACACACACACGUGUACACACACGUGUACACACACACACACGUGUACACACACGUGUACACACACACACAGUGUACACACACACACGUGUACACACACACACUAAUGUACACACACACACGUGUACACACACACAGUAUACACACACACACACGUGUACACACACACACACGUGUACACACACACACACGUGUACACACACACAGUAUACACACACACACACGUGUACACACACACACACGUGUACACACACACACGUGUACACACACACAGUAUACACACACACACACGUGUACACACACACACACGUGUACACACACACACACGUGUACACACACACACACACGUGUACACACACACACACACGUGUACAGGCAGUGCUACUACUCGCUACCAACAGCACUUGCCCCAUCACUCUGGGAGAGGCUACGCGGGGGACAUUUGUCUUUGUACACCUGGCACAGCUGUCAGCUGACAAAGACGGCCGGGCGUGGUGGUGGCGGUGCCAGGCUAGGUGCACACAGACGCUACUGGUGCCAGGCUAGGUACACCCAGACGCUACUGGUGCCAGGCUAGGUACACCCAGACGCUACUGGUGCCAGGCUAGGUGCACACAGACGCUGCUGGUGCCAGGCUAGAUACACCCAGACGCUGCUGGUGCCAGGCUAGGUGCACACAGACGCUACUGGUGCCAGGGUUGGUUACACCCAGACGCUACUGGUGCCAGGCUAGGUGCACACAGACGCUACUGGUGCCAGGCUAGGUGCAUCCAGACGCUACUGGUGCCAGGCUAGGUACACCCAGACGCUACUGGUGCCAGGCUAGGUGCACACAGACGCUGCUGGUGCCAGGCUAGAUACACCCAGACGCUGCUGGUGCCAGGCUAGGUGCACCCAGACGCUGCUGGUGCCAGGCUAGGUGCACACAGACGCUACUGGUGCCAGGCUAGGUGCAUCCAGACGCUACUGGUGCCAGGCUAGGUACACCCAGACGCUACUGGUGCCAGGCUAGGUACACCCAGACGCUACUGGUGCCAGGCUAGGUACACCCAGACGCUACUGGUGCCAGGCUAGGUGCACACAGACGCUACUGGUGCCAGUCAUCUCGGUCAUCUCGGUUGACCCAUGGCACCUGCUGGGUCUGUCACGUGACCUCAUGCACCUAGCCUGGCACAGCAGCA